UAUCUAGGGGCUGGAUAGCUGCAAGUUACUCAUCUAGUGGGGAACAAGGGGCCUGGGCAAUGCCAUAUUCCUCUCAGUGUCUGGAGAUCACUCGCCUGGGCUGGAGCUUCUGAGGCAGGCAAGGACCCAAGGCCCCUGGAAGAGGUGGUUCAGGGGACUGAAUUCCCCGAGUCUUUGCAGAACAGAGCAUGAUCACACUCCUGCCACUGCUGCUGGGCCUCAGCCUAGGCUGCACAGGAGCAGGCGGUUUUGUGGCCCAUGUGGAAAGUGCUUGUCUAUUGGAUGACGAUGGGACUCCAAAGGAUUUCACAUAUUGUGUCUCCUUCAACAAGGAUCUGCUGUCCUGCUGGGAUCCAGAGGUCGACAAAAUGGCCCCUUGUGAAUUUGGGGUGCUGAAUUUGUUGGCCAAAUACCUCUCAGAGUACCUCAACAAACAGGAGCAACUGCUCCAGCGCUUGCGCAAUGGGCUCCAGGACUGCACCACACACACCCAGCCCUUCUGGGGAUCACUGACCCACAGAACACGGCCGCCAACUGUGCAAGUAGCCCAAACUACUCCUUUUAACACGAGGGAGCCUGUGAUGCUGACCUGCUAUGUGUGGGGUUUCUAUCCAGCUGACGUGAUCAUCUCGUGGAGGAAGAAUGGACAACCCGUCAUCCCUCACAGCAGUGCCCCUAAGAUUUCCCAGCCCAAUGGAGACUGGACGUACCAGACCCUCUCCCAUUUAGCCUUAACGCCCUCUUAUGGGGACACCUAUACCUGUGUGGUGGAGCACAUUGGGGCUCCUGAGCCCAUCCUCCAGGACUGGACACCUGGUCUGUCCCACAUGCAGACAGUGAAGGUUUCUGUGUCUGUGGUGACUCUGGGCCUGGGCUUCAUCAUCUUCUCUCUUGGUUUGGUCAGCUGUCGCAGGGCUGGUAUCUCCAGCUACACUCCCCUCCCUGGAUCCAAUUAUCCAGAAGGACGGCACAUUUCCUAGGGGCAGAAUCCCACAACUUCCACUCCAAGUGAGGAAG